AAUAUCUGCGGCAGUCGUCCGUCUGUGAGGAGUGAGAGAAGGAUCCGCGGCCAGUGAGAGGAGUCGCUAUUGACGGAGCUAUGAAGAUCUUGAUACUUGCUGCCCUUUUAGGGGUUUCCUUUGUCGAAGCAAAGGUCAUGUUUGAGGAGACCUUCUCUUCUGCAGAUUGGGAUUCUCGCUGGGUUCAGUCUGAACACAAGGGAAAGGAGUUUGGUCCUUUUAAAUUGACUCCAGGAAAAUUCUAUGGUGAUCCUGAGAAAGAUAAAGGAAUUCAAACUGGCCAGGAUGCACGUUUCUAUGGUCUCUCAAGCAAGUUUGAACCAUUUGGCAAUAAAGAAACCCCGCUAGUUAUCCAGUUCACCGUCAAGCACGAGCAGAAUAUCGACUGUGGUGGUGGAUACCUGAAGGUGUUCGACUGUUCACUUGACCAAAAGGACAUGCAUGGAGAGUCCCCAUAUCUGAUUAUGUUUGGUCCAGACAUAUGUGGUCCAGGAACAAAGAAGGUUCAUGUCAUCUUUAACUACAAAGGAAAGAACCACCUAAUUAAAAAGGAAGUCCGAUGCAAAGAUGAUGUAUUCUCUCACCUUUACACUCUGAUUGUUAACCCAGAUAACACUUAUGAGGUCUUGAUUGAUAAUGAAAAAGUACAGUCAGGUGAACUGGAGGAAGACUGGGAUAUGCUUCCACCCAAGAAGAUUAAGGAUCCCGAAGCAAAGAAGCCUGACGAUUGGGAUGACCGUCCCACUAUUGCCGAUCCUGAAGACACAAAGCCCGAAGAUUGGGACCAACCAGAACACAUUCCUGACCCAGACGCUACAAAGCCUGAGGACUGGGAUGAUGAGAUGGAUGGCGAGUGGGAACCACCCAUGAUUGAUAACCCUGACUACAAAGGUGAAUGGAAGCCCAAGCAAAUUGAUAACCCUGACUACAAGGGGCCAUGGGUCCACCCUGAAAUUGACAAUCCAGAAUAUACUCCUGACCCAGAGCUUUACAAAUAUGAUGAGAUUUGUGCUGUUGGCCUUGACCUCUGGCAAGUUAAGUCUGGUACCAUCUUUGAUAACUUCCUCAUCACUAAUGACAUUGAAGAGGCAAAGAGAAUUGGCGAAGAAACUUGGGGAGCUACUAAAGAUGGUGCCAAAAAGAUGAAGGAUGAACAGGAUGAAGAAGAACGAAAGAAAGCAGAGGAAGAAGCAAAGGCAGCAGAAGCAGAAAAAGAUGAUGAUGAAGACGACGAAGAUAUUGACGACGAGGAUGAAGAUGACCUAGAAAACGAAAUUGAUCACGAUGAACUGUAAAAUUAAAUUCAUUAAAUCGGUUAAAAUUAAAAUUAGCAUAAUUCGUACUUGGAACAUCAAAAGUACAGAUUGAAACCCAUGAUCAUGCGUUCCUGUUAGGAUCACAGGUUUCGGUCGAAUCCAGUCAAGGGACCUUCAAAAAUUCAGCAGCACAACUAUAACAUUCCAGUAGCUGCUACUUAUUGAAGGUUCAGUGACGAAGUAACACUACCCCCUAAUGGGUAAAGUUUGCAUGCUUCAUAAUCAUCUGAAUCAUUAUCAUCGCCAUAGUGUAUGCAGCACAACCCUGUAUGUUUGUACGAGCCAGAGAUGUGUUAGUGCUGUUAUCCUAAAACUUGAUUUUCUUCUAUGGGCAGCACAAGGUAUAAUUGUUUGAAUGAGUGAUUUCCAAUAAACACAAUCCGAAA